GUUUCUUACAUUGCACUCAGAAUGGACGCGGUCAUUUCCUUCCUCUUUAUUUUGACUCUCGCGCCUGUGGCUCCUCUUGAGAGCUCAUUCAGAGCUGUCGUGGAGAGGGUGUUGGGGGACACGAGGAUCUUCACUGGGGAGGAGGUCCGGCUGAGGUGCAGCGUUCCUGACCCCCACGGGUCCAGAUGGGAUCACGAGUGGUUUAAAGGAUCUGAGAAGCUCGUACAGACUGGCGAGCCCCUGGUUCUGUGGAAGAUGCGUGUUAAAGAUAGUGGGAAAUAUUAUUGCCGGGGAGUGAGGGACACAGCGGUGGGAAACAUAUACACCCUCCAGAGUCUGCCUGUGGAGAUCAAUGUGGAUGGAGGGUGGGCCAUUCUGCAAGUCCCAUCCCAACCAGGCCUCAUUGGACAAACCCUAACGUUAACGUGCCGCGUCCGAGGCAAUGCCCCAAUUCAUGAGAGGAUUCUGUACAGGGACGGGGUUGAAAUCAUGAAACAAAGUGGCCCACAUUUUCACCUGAACAACCUGACCCUGGGAGACCAAGGGAUGUAUUCUUGUCGGGCCUCCUGGAACCAAGACAGACGUACACGCUCUGUCCUUUCAGUUGAUGCUUCAGUGCAGGUCUUAGAGGUUCUGACGCAGCCCAUUUUGGAGAUUGUUGAACAUAAUUUUCAGAUGCUCAGACUCAUCUGCCACCUACAUUACAACGCCCACAGUCCUGCCCCUCCAAUAAUUUACUACUUCUACAAGAAUGAACAGCGACUGGGAACAGCAACCUCUGAGAACAGGGAUCUGGUCAAACGGAGUCCAGGCCACUACAGCUGCAAGGCCAAGGUGCCUCAGUUGGGCAUCUCCAGGAGGAGUGAGCCCACAAGCUUUGGACAAGUGGCAGGGCGACCGGCGACGCCUUCGUUUGUUCAACCCAGAAAUCCAAAGCCUUUUGCUCCCCCGGUCUCAUCCCCGGACCCCCUGCCUCUGACAGAUGAGCCAGCAGCAACCCAGGCGUCUCUUUACCAGUCCACUCCAGCUCCAGGCUGUCUGCCCUCUCCAGCCCAGUCUGUCAACCAAACUGUUCCACCAAUCAGGAUCCAGCCUGUCACGUCAUCACACAUUGACAUUGAAGCAUCUGGGGACAUGCUAGAGGAGUCUGACCACAUGUCUCCAGCCAAUGUUACACAUUCACAAGUUUUGCAUAAGUGAAUGAUCCUAAAUCAGAGUAAUACGGUGUCACUCGGGUAACUCCCGGGACAUUACGUCCUGGAACAUUGCAGUGCUUUGCCAAAUAAGAAAAUCCUCAUGUUCAUACUUGUGUUGAUACAAAAAAGGCUUGGAGCAAAUAAAUCAUUCCCUAAAUGGUG